CUUUUGUCUGAGACAAUAUAAAAGCGAGUCAUUGAGGCUGUUUCACGAAGUCUUGUUAAAAUGAGGUCGAGUUUUGUGCUGGUAGCUUUAACGGCAUGUGUCCUAGCUGUACACUGCCGACCAAAUAUAAGCUGGGAGGUCGGCUCCGGAUCUUCGAGGUCCUCUGAGAGUCGAAGCACCAGUAACUCAGAAAGAAGCAGCAGCAGUAGCGUACAAAGCAGCGAAAGAAGCGUCGAAAAUCAGAUUAGUUCAGCAUCAUCGGAUAGGUCGUCAUCUGCCUCCGAGAGGCAGAGUUCUGCUUCUAGCAGGGGAGAAAGGAACUCUUGGGGAGAAAGAGGUUCGUCGUCAGCUUCUGCGUUGGACAGGUCCGCUUCUGAAAGACUGAGUUCUGCAUCGAGGAACGAGGCGAGAAACUCAUGGGGAGCCUCAGCGUUGGAGAGGUCCGCUUCAACCGCUGAGAGACAAAGUUCAGCUUCGAGGAACGAGGAGAGAAACUCAUGGGGAGAACGAGCUUCAGCGUUGGAGAGGUCUGCUUCAGCCACUGAGAGACAAAGUUCCGCUUCUAGAAACGAGGAGAGAAACUCAUGGGGAGAAAGAGCCUCAGCAUCUGAAAGGUCCGCUUCUGAGAGACAAAGGUCUGCUUCGAGAAACGAGGAGAGAAACUCAUGGGGUGAAAGAGCUUCAGCAUCGGAGAGAUCCGCUUCUGAAAGGCAAAGUUCUGCUUCGAGGAACGAGGAGAGAAACUCAUGGGGCGAAAGAGAUGGCAGUGAAGUAGAACGUGAACGCCGCCGAAGACCUGGAAGUCCAGGUGUAGGUUCUAGACCUGGAGUCCCACUAGGCCCUGGCCCAGUUACCAGACCUGGUUCUAGAAUAGAAGUAAUCCCAUUAGGGCCUGGCCCUGUCAUUAUACCUGGCCGUGGUGUUGGUGGAAACGGAGGCUCAUCCGGCAGUAAUAGCAGCAGCGGCUCAAGCAGCAACUCCAAUAGUUCUAGUAGUAGUUCCAGUGACAAUAGUUCUAGUAAUAGUAGCUCAAACAACAGCAGUAGCUCCAAUAGUAGCAACAGUAGUAGCUCUAACAACAGCAGUUCAGAUAAUAGCAGCAGCUCAAACAACUCUAGCAGUGGAAGCAACAGCUCAAAUAACUCGAGUAGUGGUAGCCGUUCAAACAACUCCAGCAGUGCAAGCAAUAGCUCAAACAACUCCAGCAGUGGAAGCAACAGCUCAAAUAACUCGAGUAGUGGUAGCAGUUCAAACAAUUCCAGCAGUGGAAGUAGUAGCUCAAACAACUCCAACAGCGGUAGCAGUUCAAAUAACUCAAGCAGUGGAAGCAGUAGCUCAAACAACUCUAGUAGCAGCAGCUCAAACAACUCCAGUGGAAGCAGCAGCUCAAACAACUCUAGUGGCAGCAGCAGUUCAAACAACUCCAGUGGAAGCAGCAGCUCAAACAACUCCAGUGGAAGCAGCAGCUCGAACAACACUAGUGGCAGCAGCAGCUCAAACAACUCCAGUGGUAGCAGCAGCUCAAACAACUCCAGUGGUAGCAGCAGCUCAAACAACUCCAGUGGUAGCAGCAGCUCAAACAACUCCAGUGGUAGCAGCAGCUCAAACAACUCUAGCAGCAGCAGCUCAAACAACUCCAGUGGCAGCAGCUCAAACAACUCUAGCAGCGGUAGCAACUCAAACAACUCUAGCAGCGGUAGCAGCUCUAACAACUCUAGCAGUGGUAGAAGCUCAAACAACUCUAGCAGCGGUAGCAGCUCUAACAACUCUAGUGGUAGAAGCAGCUCAAACAACUCUAGUGGUAGCAGCAGCUCAAACAACUCCAGUGGUAGCAGCAGCUCAAACAACUCUAGUAGCGGUAGCAGCUCUAACAACUCCAGUGGCAGCAGCUCAAACAACUCCAGUGGCAACAGCAGCUCAAACAACUCCAGUGGUAGCAGCAGCUCAAACAACUCCAGUGGUAGCAGCAGCUCAAACAACUCCAGUGGUAGCAGCAGCUCAAACAACUCCAGUGGUAGCAGCAGCUUAAACAACUCCAGUGGUAGCAGCAGCUCAAACAACUCCAGUGGUAGCAGCAGCUCAAAUAACUCCAGUGGUAGCAGCAGCUCAAACAACUCCAGUGGUAGCAGCAGCUCAAACAACUCCAGUGGUAGCAGCAGCUCAAACAACUCUAGGAGUGGAAGCAGCUCAAACAACUCCAGUAGUUCAGGCAACUCCAUCAGUGGCAGUAGCAGCUCAAACAACUCUAGUAGUUCAAACAACUCCAGCAGUGGUAGCAGUUCAAACAACUCUAGCAGCUCAAACAACUCCAGCAGUGGCAGCAGCUCGAACAACUCUAGCAGUUCAAACAACUCCAGCAGUGGCAGCAGUUCAAACAACUCUAGCAGCGGUAGCAGUUCAAACAACUCUAGCAGCGGUAGCAGUUCAAACAACUCUAGCAGCGGCAGCAGCUCAAACAACUCUAGCAGCGGUAGCAGUUCAAACAACUCAAGCAGUAGCAAUAGCAGCUCAAACAACAGCAGUGAAAACAGCAGUAGCUCAACUAGUAGCAGUUCUAACAACUCUGAAAGCUCAAGUAGCCAAAACAGCGCCGAAAUCUCAAUUAGCAGCAGAUCUGAAAGCAGCAGCUCCAGUAGCAGCAGCUCUGAAAGCAGCAGCUCGAGUUCCAGCAGCAGCUCGAGUUCAUCUUCGGUGAAUUAAGACGAAUUAUUGGCUCAGUAAAGGGAAAAUGUCUUGUCAAUUAAAAAACUAAAUUUUUUAGGCAUAUCUUGUAUUUUGGUUUAAAGCAUGUUGUUGGAGAAAACAUAAUAAAAUUGUUCAUUGCAAUAGUACACGGUUA